AUACGGAACUGGCCAAUCAGAAGGACGAUAGUUAACGCUUUAUCUCACUCGCGCGAAAUUUGAUAUUGCAUUUUGCAGGUGAGAAUCGCGUCCGGCGACUGGCGCUCCUCCUGAAGAUGUCGUACGAAGAGACCAAAGUGCCUGCAAACAAGGAAUUCUUAACGGGUGUUGUUGAAGGGUUUUAUGGCCGCCCGUGGACGUAUCCCAACGCAAAGAACUAUUCAGAAGAAUGAAUCAGAUGGGAAUGAAUGCCUAUCUGUAUGCCCCUAAGGAUGAUAUCAAGCACAGACAGUCGUGGAGAGAUCUUUACACACCAGAAGAGGAACAGCAGCUUCAGUACCUAAUUACAGAGUCGACUGAGGCUGGAGUGCUUUUUAUUUUUGCAAUAUCACCCGGCUUAGAUGUAACAUUUUCUAGUGCAAGGGAAGUCGAAAUUUUGAAGAAAAAGGUUGAUCAGGUUUCAAAACUUGGUUGUCGAUCAUUUGCUCUUCUUUUUGAUGAUAUUGAACCACGCUUGUGCCCUGCAGAUCGAGAGGUAUUUAAUUCGUCGGCUCGUGCCCAAGUUAUGUUCGCAAACGAAAUUUACAACCAUUUAGGAUGUCCAGAUGUGUUCUUGUUUUGUCCAACUGAGUACAGUGCAAGUCUAGCUGUGCCUAAUAUUAACAAAUCAGAAUAUUUAGCAACAGUUGCUUCUUGUUUAGCACCAGGUAUUGCUGUGAUUUGGACUGGUCCACUUGUGGUAUCUAAACGAAUUUUGACUAAGGAGCUACAAGAAUUAUCUGCUUUGCUACAACAUCCUAUUGUUUUGUGGGACAAUCUGCACGCCAAUGAUUACGAUCAACGUCGAGUAUUCAUAGGGCCGUACAGUGGCCGACCUUUAGCCUUACGUCGGAAAGGUUUGCUUAGAGGAGUUUUGACCAAUCCAAAUUGUGAAUUCGAAGCAAACUAUGUGGCACUACAUACUCUUGCACAGUGGUCUAGACAGGCUGGUGGUAGACAUCUGAUGCAGUCAGCGGAUACAGAAAUGCCGGGUACAAAUGAUGAACUCGAGUCUAAUGCCUCUGACGACAAUGAAAUGAUUGAUGAUAGUACUGAUGAUCAGAAGUUGGAUGGUGUUAAUCAACAAUCAUCCAUGAAUCAGGAUAUUUCUACAAAUCGGAAAUUUUCACGUAGUUCUAUAUAUAGACCUCGUGAAGCUCUUCAUAUAGCUUUGAAAGAUUGGCUCUCAUUGAUGCUUCAGGAUCAACAAACAAUGGUUAGUGCUUCAAAAGCCAGUACAGCUAUUGGGACUCCCACACCUAUGGAUACUGAUAAUCUAGAAACCAUCGGUCACAAUGAAGCUGCUAUGCAGAUUGAAUCUCCUCCUUCCAAUGUCGUCAUGAGUUCUGAUAGUACUUCUUCCGAAACAUUGAAUUCAGGUGAUAUGAAUUCAGUUGCUGUUACUUUGGAGGAUUUGGAAUUGUUUGCAGAUUUAUUCUACUUACCUUUCUCUCAUGGACCUACUGCUAUGCGACUCCUUGAAUUGGGUCAUUGGUUACGCGAAUAUUCUUAUGCUUGUGGACCCAAUCCUUCUGAUCUUGAGAAAGCAGCUGAGUGGAACAAAAAGCUUUCAGAUUACGCAGAAAUUGUGUCUACAAUUAGUCGAGUACGAGAUCGUAUACAACGUUUACCCUCGAAGAGCAUUUCUUAUGAAUUAGCACCUUAUAUAACUGAAGUUCAUACUGUUGUUGGGAUUACCUUGGAUUAUUUCCGAUGGUUAGAAACUGGAGUCAUGGCAUAUCGUAGUAUGUCGCAUUUGAGACGGCUUUUAACAUGGUUUUCUCCCGGUUAUCGAGAUAUGGUAACAUCAGGAGAUCAAGAACCAUGGACUUUUCGUGGCGGAUUAAUAACCGAACUUCAGCGGAUCCUACCACUUGAAUCUGCUCAAGAUCUAUUCCCUGCUCCUAGCCGUGCUGUACCAGGGAUGACUACAAUUCCUUGUUUAAAUUGGCCUGAUGGUGGUCCAAAUUUAUGCACUCCACUUCAACAGUCUGUUCCUCCAAUAAUCCCAUUUCAGCCUCCCAGCUUUGCACUAUUUUCAAGAUAUCCAUCAUAUGUGGUUCGACCAUAUCGACCUGAAGACAAGUCAAACAUAUACAAUCUAUUCAGAAAACUGCUUUUAGCUCGUGUUGGUUUACCUGAAAGUGCAUUACCACCAGAAUUUCAUGAUCUACCAGGCGAUAAGUACUUACUACCGUUUCUGCAACAUUCACCUGAAAACUGUUUUGUGGUAUUGGGUCCACCUUUUCUUCAAGCUACUACUGAGUACUGCAGUGAUAGUAAUCGUACUUGUAAUUCAGUUACAAGUUUUGAUUAUUCAGUUAACUGUGUUGGUUUUGGUGUUUCAGCGCCUGAUGCUGUAUCUUGGGCUCGUCAACGUAAUACUCACUUUCGCGAGUCAAUGAAAUCAAAGUAUCCGCGUGAUUUUCAAAUUCGCGUUCAAGAUAUAACUCAGUGUAACAAACCAGUUUGCGAAAAUGGUGAACUUAGUAACAUUAAUCAACAUGGAAACGCUGGUAAUCGGCUGGAACUUCAAGUAAAUUUGUCUACUCAACCUUCUUCCUUGGCGGAGGAUCGUUCUUCAGCCAUUGGUCCAAGUCGAACGUCCGUAGCUGUUGAAGAAUUUAUCAAGGUUAUUACCAAUUUUAUUCGCUUUUUAUUCCUGCAACAAUAAUAUUUUAUCAUGUCUUUUCCACUUUACGCUUUAUUUUUUUCACUCAACGUGUGAAACAGGUUGUUACUCCUUUGAUGAUAGACCGGGAAGUCUACACUUCCCCUCACAGUUCAUAGCAAAAGUCAAAGACUUCAUGCACUGAUGUCGCAUCAGUGUGCGCGAGACAGACAAUGGUAAUCAGGUAUGUACUACACAUUUACCAACCACCUCGGUCGAUGAAGGUCCACAACACCAUCAACUGACUUUCCUCUUCUUUAAACUCUAAAUUUUAAUUCUGCAAUACUGACCUGGUGACACCACGGUACACCGCCUCUGUUACAAAGACAACGGGUUUGAACACCUGAAGCCUUCUCAUAUCCUCUGCCUUUAAUGGCCAUGUUUCACAGUCAUACAAUAGAACAGAGCGAACUGCAACACAGUACACUCGCUCCUAUUACAUAAUCGGAUAUCACAGCGGCGCCAUAAACGACGUAAUGUGUCGAAAGCUAAGUGCGACUUUUUUAAUCAUGCUUAGACUUUGUCAGUCACUGACCCAUCAGGGCUGAUCCGACUUCCCAAGCGGGUAACGUGGUCAAUGCACCUAACCACUUCGCCUCCUAUUGUUAGACAAGGCACCAGAGAAGACCAGCUUUUGAAGCAACAAUUUGCAUUUGGGUAGUGAGAAACGCAUCCCGAAUAUCUUCAGCUGCUACUCAAGGUGUGCAGAGGACUUUGUAUCCUGUCAGAAUUUUCACCUAUCAGGACUGUCACCUGUGAACUGUAGGCAUGUUAAGGAUUUCUCUGUGAUGGAAUCAAUCCCUGUGAAGUCAGAUGACGAGAAGAAGACAUCCAUAAAAAAAACGCAUCUCGAACAUUCUCGAACUGACACUCAAGGUGUCCAGAAGAUUCUGCAUCUUUUCAACAUCGACUAACAGGCCUAAUACGUUUGCAUGCUCUAAAUCUACAAAGGAUUCUUGUAUUAAGCAUCAAUCCCUGUGAAGUCAGAUGAUGUGAAGGAGACAUCGAUAAGAAUGUUUAUGAUAAAGCUGAAUAAGAAUGGAGAGAGUGAACAUCCUUGAUGGAUGCCACUCGACAUAGACAACUCAUGUGAUAACUCACCAUAGGCUCUAACACACCCUUGCGUACCAGAGUAGACAGCUUUUUGCAAGAUGAUAUACUUACCUGGCAUGGCUUUCAUUGAGAGACAUUGCCGUGGGAUCAGUCGGUUGAUGGAGUGAAAUGCUGCGCUUAUAUGAGGAAAAAGUAGUGAGAAAAGGGAUGAGAUGUAAAUAUUUUCUCAUAAUUUUGAGUGUUCGUUAAAUUGCUGUUCACGGUUGUUUGAUCAACAUAGUUAUUACAAUAACAAUAUGUGAUCAUGGGAAUUUUUUGAAUUUUUAGUCGUUAAUUUGUUCCUUCCACAAUGAUGCACAAGAAGUUGUUGAUAUUGCUGCAGCUGUAAACAUUCUACCUCCCCCUGAACCUCUUGGUGGAUGCCUUUCUAUAGAACCACCUCUUUCUGGUUGUUUGGAACAACGUGAGUCUACCAGUACUAUCUCGGCUACUCCAAAUGUUCCCGCCAACUUACCAUCUCAGCUGGAUCCAAAACCUCCUUUUCCUGUUGAAUGUUCUGCAUCUAUCCCACCUCUGCCGUUACCUACACCUAUCUUACCUGAUACUGCACCUCCAUCUCCACCGUCCGGUGUAUGUGUACCUUUCGUACCUGAAACAUGUUCUAGCAGUCCAGCGACAACAACCUCAGCUGUUGCUCGUAAUCUUAUUGUGGCUGGUGGACUGGAAGCACUUCAUAGUGCUUUAGCAGCUCAUCCUGCUACACUAUGGGUAGAAUUCGAUGAUAUAGGAUUAAAUGGUUGUGUAAGUGGCCCAACGCCCACUAUGCUACUGAAUCAUAAUCUUGGAUUGUGUACCGAUCCACCUGAACUACUUUUGGAUUCAGUCGCUCGCCGACUGUUUAUUUGCCUACUGGCUGCAUUGAAAACUAUUGGUGCUCAUGGUGCACAUACACAGUUGGAUUCUAUUAAUGAACAUCGUGCAGAACUCUAUCGACGUUUCGGUUUCUAUCCUGUCCCGGCAGCUUCAAAUGAACAGACAACUGUUUUAGCCCGUUUAAUUUAAUGAAAGAAUGUAAUUUUUUAGAAACUUACCUGAAUUCAACUUUCUUUUUCUGGUCUCUUCCAUCUUACACUCUCUUUCAUAUCAUAGACGACAAUAUUUUUUGUGUGCGAUGACUGCUAAUAAUAAUUAUUAUUAUGUGUAGAGUUGUAUGAUUCCCUUGUAAGUGAUCGAUUCACAUUAGAACCAAUAUGUUGUGUAUACUUAAACUCUUAUGCAUAUUCAAGUGUAUUUCUUGGUGAUGUAUGUGUUUAAAUUACAAUCCCGUUUGUCAAGAAUUUUUUUUAAAAAAAAGUGAAAAUCCAGUCGAGUCUCAAAGUUCUGGUUUUUAUUCAUGAUAAUGACUUCUGUCAGAUACAGCUCACUCGAGUCAAAAAUAAACUCCUCCUCCUCUGUUGUGAUUGUUGUUGCACCAUGACGAUUGUUUUGCUACAUUGUCUAAUAUCAUUACUGGAUGUCGUUGUUAUUUCUUAGUCAUUAUUUAAACUUUUCAAACUUAUUUGAUGAUCUCCAGCUCAUAUAUAACUAUGGUCUUCAGUUUCUAGCUCUACCUUUUUUGCAGAAAGUACUGCUGCCCUUUUUCUAGGAGGAUGAUUUCAAUAUAUUGGAUGAAAAAUACUGUUUCUUUUGCUUUUAUUUGCAUGAUCCAUCACUUUAUAGUGUAUAUAAUGCUAACCAUGCACAUAAUUCUCUAUUUGUACUUUUGGCUGAAUGAUUAUCGUUACUACCGUUUAGCCUAUGGUUUGUAAGCUUUAGAAAACUAUUUUUACUGAUUGUAGGACAAGGUCAUGGCAGCUCACAGCUACAUACGCAUAUGAAGCGAAAUGCUAUCAGUAUUUUGUUUAAUGCUCAUCUUUCUUGCCAAUCUGUUGAAUUAAAUGUUGUAAACGAUGCUCAGAGAUCUAACUGUUAUAUUGCAUUUCUUUGAACGUUAUAACUUAGUCAUUUUAAUGGUGAAUAGAAUUUAUGUAACUUGAUGUAGACACUAGAAGACGUUGUUUAGUUCAUGAAGAUUGGAGUAAUAUGUCCAAACUUCACAUUAACAGAUAACCUUUUUUGAACCGUUAAUUCAGAAUGUUAGUUAAUAAUAAAAAUACCUUUACUAAAGUCACUUUUUGGUUGAUAUUAAACUACGUGUUGCCAGUACUUUACUGACAAUUACCUUCCUCUUCAAUCAUAGUCAUAUCAGCUGCUCCACAGUGAUAUCGACUUGUGUAUGAAUAGCUAUAACAAUAUUUUACAUUUCGAAACUUGUACGUAGAAAACAAGAUUUUAUUUCCUUG